AUGUCGGAAACCUCCAAACACUUUACUGUCGAUGCUAUCCCCGACCUUACUGGAAAGGUUGUUAUGGUAACAGGAGGAAACACUGGAAUUGGCUAUGAAAUGUGUUUAGAGCUGGCUCGCAAAGGAGCACAGGUUGUCAUGGCAUCUCGCUCAGCGGAUCGAGCUGCAGCUGCCAUUGCUCGUAUUAAGCAACAACUCCCCCAGGCAUCUAUCGAGUUUAUGCAUCUUCAACUUUCAGAUCUUCACCAGGUCCAAAAGGCAUCUUCAGAGUAUAUUGCAUCAGGAAAGCCGUUAAAUAUUCUGAUCAACAAUGCUGGUAUCAUGGCUUCGCCAUUUAAGCUCAGUAUGGAUGGGAUUGAAGAACAGUUUGCAACCAAUCACGUUGGACAUUUUCUGCUGACCACGGCGCUUUUGCCUGUGUUGCUAAAGAGUCAUGACGAUAAGGAUAUGCCGAGGAUUGUCAAUGUGUCGUCGAAUUACCAUAACAAGGCACCUUUACCCCAAGGUAUUCGAUUUGACAAGAUUAAUGAUCCAGGCGAUCAGGACAUUUGGCAACGAUAUGGCCAGAGCAAACUAAGCAACAUUCUAUUUUCCAACGCACUGAACAAGCGAUAUGGUGAUCGUAUUUAUAUCAACAGUGUUCACCCAGGAUUUGUCAAGACAGAACUGACACGAGGACCAACUGCUAGUUAUGGCGCAUGGUUUACACCUUUGAUGUGGGUUGCAAAAGCGAUUGGGGCUAUUUCAUCUCAGCAGGGAGCACUUACUCCUCUUUAUGCAGCCACAUCACCAGAUAUUGUCAAAAACAACGCCAAAAACAGAUACUUUGUGCCAAUUGCGAUUGAUUCUCCAGAGGGACUGACAGAUCUUGCCAAGAGUGAUGAUCUUGCAGAACAAUUAUGGAAAUUUACGGAUAAGCUUGUCAAACAGAAACUCGGUCUUUGAAGCUGUCUUUUGUGAUGCAUGUACAUUUUGGCUCAAUCUAUAGACAAGUCUUGGUUUGAAACAAUGUGUCAGCUUUAUUUUCUUAUUUUGAAUAAAAGCAUGAUUUAUUCAUAUUC